UUUCUCAAUGGCUAACGCUGACGCUGACUUUAAACGAAAAUAGUGGGAUGGAACUGGCGUACAAACAAUAACACGGAAUCACAGUGAAAGGGCGUUGCACAAAUGACAGUGUUUUUGGCAAAAUGCCCGGUCGAGUUUUAAUUAACGUUUAGCAGUGCCUAGAAAGCAAAGUGCGCGACGCGAAAACAAGAGAACCGCGACAAAACAAAACGCGGAAAUAGAAAAGUGAAAAAAAUCCAAACGCAGACAGCGAACUUUGGACACAGACAAUCGCAAACACACAGGGAAAACAAAGAAAAACGGAAAAAUGUCUGCGCAGCGUCUAAAUGCAGCAGAGCGGGAUCUGGAGAAGUUCAUAAAGUUCUUGGUUUUAAAGUCCACCCAGGUGGUGGUACAAUCCCGACUGGGCGAGAAGAUGCAGACGCAGUGUAAUCCACUGGCGGGCAGCGAUUGGUUCAACAUCGCCGUCCAGGAUCAUCCGGAGGUCCUCGACGAGACCAAGCGGGCCCUUAACCUGAAGGCAGGAGAGAGCAUUUUGCACCGACUGCCACUGUGCGUGGAAAUCUCACUGAAAACUGCCGAGGGUGACCAGAUGGUCCUAGAGGUGUGGUCCCUAGACCUAAUACAACCACAGAACGGUUCCUCCCCAGCCGCAAAUGAUCUGAAUCCCGAGGGUCAGACACUGAAAGCAGCCCACGCCAUCUACAAUCGCAUGGGUAUCAUGCUUAAGUCCCUCAUCUCUCUGACACGCACCACACCCGCUUACAAGUUGUCCCGUCGCCAGUGUCCCGAUUCGUAUGGCAUCUUCUACAGGAUUUAUGUAGAUAGGCCACAGGUUCACACUCUGGGCGAGGGCCACAAGCACGUGAAGAUCGGGCAACUUAGCACGAUUGUGGGCUCGUUGGUCAUGUCCGUUGCGUACCGCACCAAGCUGACUAUCUCACCAACGGCAGCCCAAGCGGAGAGCAACACAAUUAUGCUUAAAUCGGACCACUUUAGACCCGCCACAGAUGCCAGUACUCCUGGGAACCAGCAGCAGCUUCAAAAUGGCACAGCUGUGGCAAAAAAAUUGGGUUUGGGUGGCCUCAACCCUACUCAAGGCUCAGGAGAUCGGCGCUAUAUUGACAUAGAGAAGCCUCUUCGCCCGGGAGCCUUCACUGAUAUGGGCAAACUGAAGCAGUACACGGAGGAUGAUUAUGUGCUGCCGGAAACUCCGCCCUUUGAGUGGCUUUUACGAGGACGCGGCUCUGUGGAGUCCCUCAACCGCCUGGAUAACAAUUCAACCGCCAGUGUGCUCAGCAGCAAUAACAACAAUAAUCCACAGGACAGUAAACUCAACCAGAUCAGCAAUCUUAACAAUAACUCAACGGGUUUUAAAAGUUUCGAGAAAAACUCCGGAAACUCAGUGUCACCCAUUAAGAGCCUGCUGAUCCCCGCCAGCGCUACAACCACGUAUCGUCACCAUUCGGAACCGGUGCUGCAACCACCGCCCGAUGAUGAUAAUUUGCUCAAGGAGCUGCACUUUCCCUUUGCCUCACCCACGUCGCAUGUCAACGAUCUGGCCAAGUUCUACAGAGAAUGCUAUCAUGCGCCACCACUCAAGGGUCUCAACGAACUACAGGCUGAGAUCUCUUCGGCUUCCUCGACCCCUCCAGCAUCUAGUAGUGCCUCCGGCAAAGGAGGAGCAUCGUGUGGUCCAACAGCAGCAGCGACUGCGAUUGCCACCAGCGCCGCUGAUGCUAGUGCUAUGGAUGAUCUUUCCCGGCAAUUGGAGCAGUUCGAGACAUCACUAGAGGAUUACGAUAAAUUGGUCUCGCAAUUUGGACUUACGGGCUCCUCGUCAACGGGCAGCCGCAGCAGUGGUGGCCUCCAAAUGAGCAACUGAGUUGGAAAAUACCCCUAGAAGUGUCAUUAGUUAGUUAUUCUUUAAAAAGGGGCGGUCAAUAUGCAGAGAGGCAAGGAUAAACUGAAAUAUCAAGGACAAUUUUGGGAAAAGAGUUUGGGAAGUAUAGGUCUAAGGUUCAAUUUAUCCUGCAAGAUUUUAAAGUAAAGUAAAAUAUUUAAAGUAGGUCGGAGCCGUCAUUUUAAAGUUAUAAGGAAUGUUAAAUGACGUGAAAUUUUUUGUUAAGAUAGCCUAUUUUCUUAUCAGUUCAGAGGAAUUGUAAUGCAACUUUGUUAGUUCAAAUCGGAUUUGAGACCUAUAGUUCUACUUAAGCUCUUGCUUAAAAUUGUCCAAAGAUUGUCAACUAAAUAAUGGACCCGCCCCACUAUUUAUAUAUGUAUGUCAUUGUGUUAAGUUGAGUUGAUAGGCUGCUAUUUGAUAUUACCCACUAUGUAAAUACUAUAUAUAGGCUUAUGUAGGCUCUAGGUCCGUCUAAGUUGUAUAUAGGAGUAGAGAGCUCAUGUCACGUUUCAAAGUUUCCGAUGCAGCAGUUUAGACCCUAGACACAAAUACAUGAAUAAGUACCACAUGCAUAUGCAUAUAUAUAUAUAUAUAUGGCUAUAUAGCUUUUGCAUAUGGUAGUAAGUUGGGCGUACUCGUCGCUUGUUUGUUUGUUUGUUUCUUUGUUCAAGUGCCUUUCGCCUGCUUGUAAGUGAAAUAUAAAAAAUCAUGUAUAUAAAUAAAUAACUAUAGAUAACAGCAAUUAAUCAGAAAGCUAAAAGGUUUAUUUCUGUUGUAAGUGAGAAAAACCAAACAAAAAAAUGAAAAGCCAGAUGACGAACUGUUCGAUCUAUGCAAAUGCAUAACUACUAAUCGAAAAAGAAGCGAAACUAAUCGAAAGACUUGAAGCAUAACGAAAUAUAUCUAUCCUAACUUAGUUGGUACUGUCGGGAAGUUGAAAAGAACAGCUAGUGUUUUUCUUUUAUCUUUAAUCGUUGGUCGCUGUUGCUUAUUUAUUGGUUUUGAAAUUGCUAAAUUAUGCCUAAAUAUGAGAAUAUCAAUUCGAGUAUACAUUAAAAGUACGCUAAACAAUAUGAGACUAAGUAAAUUUAUACAUAUAAAAAAUGAAUAAAAGCAAUUGUUAAUCAAGACACUAA